AUGGGCCUCCUCCGCUACCUCGAAUACUACCUCGCGCGCCUCUUAUACUCACAAAAGGGGCGCGACGCCAAACUGCUGACGCGGGCGGCCGUCUUCGCCACCGUCCCCCAAACCGUGCAGGUCACGUCGCCGACGCUGGGCGCAUCGCCAGCACACCUCUCGGUCGAACACACGCAGUUCGGCACGUCGAGGUUCCCGGACCUGUCGUGGUCCUUGGAGGAUGGUGUUGACAGUGUCAAAGAGUGGCUCCUGAUCUGCGAGGACCCGGACGCGCCGCUGCCCCUCGUGCCCGUGCACGGGCUGUACUACGCCAUCCCCGCGACCAAGACGACCGUCGGGCCCGACGACUUCACGCUGGCCGUCGAUACUUCCAAGACUGCGCCUGCGGACGAACCCGGCGCAAAACACCUCGCCGGCGGGUUCCGACUGGGCAAGAACCUGCGAGGCACGCUGUACUCGGGCCCGCGCCCGCCCGUCGGCCACGGCGAGCAUCGGUAUUUCUUCCAGGUAGUCGCCCUCAAGACCCGCCUAGACACAAAGAAGAUGAAGCCCCUGGCCACCAGGGACGACGUGCUCAGAGAGAUUCAGGGCAAGAUAUGCGCGUGGGGAGAGUGGAUCGGCAUCUUUGAGCACAAGUGGUAA